GCUCCGAAAUGCUGAGCGACACUUCAGAUUUAAACACUUCAGGCUCUAGGGAUGAAGACAGUUCUGUCUUCUCCAAGACCGAACACAGCAUCAUUGCAGCUUACCUGAUUGUGGCAGGUACGGGUGUUUAUUCAGUUACCUGCUUCUGGAAUGGGAGAAAAGUGGAGGUGCUUGGUACAGGCGUGCAGUGUGGGCUAGCUGGUAACCAAGGGAGCUGUAAGAAUCAGAAAAUGGAAAUGAAGGAAUAAACAAAAGCAUUGUUAACGCUGCCUCUUGACAUGGAAGACUUUAAUAAAUGAGAGUAAAGGGUCGAGAAACGCUAUAAAAUGAAGUUUUAGAAUAAAAAUUGUCAUAUAUCUGGUUCUUACAUUAAAUGUAAACAUGAGCUGAGUGUGCACCAUGGUAGAAGUAUGCUUUAUAUCAUUUACCAUUCUCAUGCAUAAUUUGCGUAGUUUUCUUCUUGGUAGACUCUAACUCAAGAUUGAAAGGUACUGGAGGCAAAGCUCAGGUUUGAAAAAGAAAGUACGGUGUGCAGAUACAGUAUGCAAAUUCAGCUCCUCCAGCAGGCAGUCAUGGGAAACGGGAGCUAGAGGGGUGGGCUUUUAGUGUCUUUGAAAGUGUACACAAGACUUUCACCUUCUUACUCUUGUGUUUUCUCAUUUGUAAAAUAAUGAUAAUAAGGGAUCUGUCAUGAUUGUUAGGAAGAGUAUAUUAAAUGUCAUCAAGGCGCCUGCGGGGCAUGGAUAGAUGUUGGGCAUAUAUGCUCUUGAGUGUACAGAUAUUAAAUGAAGAUAAAGGCUUGCUUGUAGAGAAGAGCAUGAAGGAAAUGACAAAUUCUGUCAGUGCCAUGUCUUUUAUAAUCAGCAACCACUUAAUCUCAAACUGUAGGCAGUGGCAGGUUUUAGUAACUGUUACAUUGGAUUCAUUGUCUUUUGGAUUGGCUUUUCUGAAAAUUUCAAUCAUAUUUCUAAAAACAGAGUGAGAUAUAUAAGGUAGAUAUAUUGUCUACUUUACAACUGUCUAGCUUUUACCUCACAGUUGACUUGGGCUCCAAUUUCCUUUUAAUUUUAGUGGUGCAGUGAUUAAUUCAUUUGAAUACUUCUGUGUGGUAAGAGGCAGAAAGUGGGCCCACAUUUCUAGAAUCACAUGGAGACACUAUGGACAAGUUUUGGUUCAGCUAAUUGUAGGUGGCAGGGAAAAUCCAAAAUUUAUCUGGUAUUCUGGAGGCUGAAGCAGGAGAAUUGCUGAGGAUUUCAGAGUUGAGUGGGCUAUGUAGUGAGACUACAUACAGAGCGGAAAAAUCUGCUCACAAGAUCAGUACGCGAAGGAAAUUUCCUAAGGAGAUCUUGUAGCUGCUUUUGAGUUUUGUUCCCUGAUUCAUACAGACGAAGAGCUGAAGAGGUUUUCCCAGCACAGGCUUGUAAGUGGUCCUCAGCUGUAACAGGCCUACUUGUUAGCGCUUCCUUCUGUAACUCGACUGGUCGGUUUUGUUAGGAAGCGUCAGGGCAGGCGACCUUUGCUUAGGUCUUUGCAGAGGAAUGGGAGGAAGCGCGUCUCACCUCUGCUUUGUUCUGUGUGUCAAGCAUCUCUUGUUCUUCCCAUCCCCUUGUUUUCCUCCUUAAACAAAAAAACCGCUUGAGCUUCCAAAUAAGAAUGAGAACGGAGGGGAAGGGUGCGUGCCCGUGAGUAUCAUUCCAUUUAUUAUUUUCACCAUGUGCCUAUGUAGAUUCUUUUACUGUUGAGUUUAUUGAUUUUAUAUAUGUAUUUAAUUAAUUCUUUUGAACCAGGAGCUUGCUCUACUGUCUGUACUAGCCCAGAACUAUCUGUGUAGCUAAGGCUAGCCUUGUACUCAAGAUCUUCCCGCUUCUGAACUAUGCCUGGCCUAGUUGUACUAAUCUAUUUUUACUUAUGUGUCUGUGUGUGUCUUGAUGAAUGAUUGCCACAUGUCAGGUCCUGGGGAUCUGCAGUUACAGGUGGUUCUGCACUGUUCAACAGAGAUGCUGGGAACAGGAUUCAGGUCAUCUGUCUAGAUUAGCAGCAAGUGCUCUUAGCCACUAAACCAUCUCUACCACCCCCUAGAUUCAGUUUUUAUUUUAAUCUUUCGUUUGGAUUUGAGCUCCUGUACACUUUUACCAUUUUCCAUUGCUACAAGUAUUUUGUUAAUUUAAUAUGCUUGAGUACUCUCUCUUCCAUCACUUAAAGCUGAGAAUUGAGGGUAUGAUAAGUGUAUGGAUUUGACAUAAUUUGUCAUGGGUGAAUUGUAAAAUUGCAGUGAAAGGUUGGCUGAAAAAGUUGACUGAGUACCAAACAAUACUGGACCACAUAACCUGUAAGGUUAUAGUGAGUCACCAAAGGGUUAAAUAGAGACAGUAUCUGUUGCAUUUCAGAUGUGUGUUGUGAUGGUAGCUGAGAUAGGCCACUGCAGUGACCCAAAGUUGGAGCAGUAGGGACUUAGGGGAGGCACAAAGAAGUAGACUCUCUCGAGAGCUGGAAGGUAGAAUGGAUGGUUUGAUGUGGGGCUGGGAAAGAAGAGGGAGCAUCGAGAAUGACUUCUAGUGGGGCUUGGGGUGGGGGAUGCUACCGGUUGAUGAUGCAGUUCACCAAGAUGGGAACACACCUGGGGAAGGACAGAUGGGGGAUGAUGCCCCCAAGUUCAGCUUCGCAUAUGGCCUUGAGUUCUACAACACCAAUCUCAGAUGCAAUGAACCCACUCAAAAUGCUGAACUGGGAAAGAAAGGCGUCUAGGACAGAGUUGAAAAUAUACAUUUAAUAUGGUAGUGUUGAAGAAAGACUAUCAGGUAGACCAAGAAGAGAUAGAAGGGGAGCUACAGGAAUGGGCGGGGGGGGGGGGGGGUGAUUUCAAAAGGUGGGAGAGUAGGACUACUUAGAAUUUAGAUUGAUGGAUCUACUGUACAGUCAUUGGAAAGUACCUGCAACCCGGGAAAUAAUGCAGUGUGUAAGAUAGCUAGAGAGAAUAGAGUAAAGGGGUCAAUUAUUUGUGUAGUACCAACAUAUUGGAGACUCCCCCAAAAUGUAGUUACUUUCUUCUGACUAUGUACUUGCGAGGCAGCAAUUUAUGUGCCGUAUUUAACCCUUUUGAAUCCAAAUCACAAGGUGUUUCUUCUCUUUGUCCCCACUGUAGUUCUUGUAUGUUUGCUAAAGGAGCCAAAGGACUGUCAAAUUUGCUGUCAUGGUGCUUGAAGGAAUAAUAGAAACUGGGCUGACUGGAGUUUUAGUGGUAUUCCAUCAUCAGAAACGUGCUGUGUGGCACAUACUCAAGAUAGAGUUCAUUAGGAGCCUGAGAUGUAGAAGGUGGGACAAUGUAAGAGCUGAAUGACUUAGCAUCACUCCAGAAUGAGAUAAUACAGGCAAGCACCCUCGGAACAGAUGGAGAAGAAUAUAGAGUCCCAUGAAGAGGAGGCUGCUUCAGAGCUGCAUUGGGCUUGGCCUGAACUUUAAAGGAUGGCUAGCAUUUACAUAUACAGAGGAACAGCACAAGGUGUUUCAAGUGGGAAAAAAAUGAAGUCAAGAUUUGUCGCUUGAUGUAUUUGCAGACUGCUAGAACAGUGGGCUUAUUUCAUGCGUGGGGAAAGAGGAUAACAACAGAUUUGGGCCAAGAGCCUAGACAAUGAGGUUAGGACACUGGGCUUUUCAUUCUUCAAGCACUGGGGGAACUGGAAGCUUCCAGUAGAGCUAUUGCUUGUUAUUUGAUGGAGCAAUCGUACCAGCCAUGUGGAGGACAGAGAACAGGGACAUGGAAGAUUGGAAUAAAAGGAUGCUAACAAAGUUUGAUGGGAGCACCAAGAUAGAAUGGAAGUUCUGACUUAGCUGAUCCUUCCAUGUGUUGGUGUUUGGGAUUACUCCCACUAGUUUGGACCGUAACUGGGGAUUGCUCAUCAAGUAGUUCUUUUUCCUGGGAAACACAAUUCUCUUUUGUUUGUUGUGUAACCUUCUAGAAAGAAGUCCAGUAAUGGUUCUAGCUUCUCCAUUGAAAUUGAUUUACAGCAGCCUCUACCACUUGGACCUGAGAUGGCCUACAUCUGGCUCAUGAAAAACAUAUGCAUUCUUUCAGCAUGUAGGGAAUGUUGAUGUGGCUAACAUUUGUUCCCAGUGUGCUCAAUAAUAGUUCUUAUUAUCAGUGGCCACACUAGCAUGCUGCUUAAUAACAUUAGUCCUCAAGCUAAAGAAGCUGUCUGGGCCUGUCCAACGGUGAGACACUGAAAAUGCUGAGUGUCUUGAUUCCAAGACUGAGGAUCGCAUAGCUAUGGUGUCAUCAGAUGUGAUGUUCCAAUGAACCAGAAAUCUGUCUUGGCCUAUUGUCCGGAUGGUCGAAUAUUGCAGUAUGCAUUCUAAGAGUAUUGUGUGUGUGUGUGUGGGGGGGGGGUUGCAUGUGUGUGUGCACAAACUCAUGCGUUGAAUGAAGAAUUUCAAUUUUGACAAGUUGAAUUUUAAGAAAUAUUGGGGGAGUCACAUGAUCUUACUAUGCUUAAUGUGCCUAAUGAUAAUGAACCAAAUAAAAAAAAUAUAAAUGUGACAGAAAUGCUGUUAGGAUGGAAUACUGAUUGAGGCUUGAGAAAGGAAACUAAGCAGAAAGAAGAGGAAUUUAGUAGUCUUCCACAGGAGAGGGUAGCUGGUCAUUCCUGUAUCCUAAAAAUCCCAACAUGUUGGAGUCAUGAAAGCUACAGGAGUAUUUAGGGACAGAUGGUCAAUGGUGAUGACAUUUGAGCCAGCCUUCAGUGCUGGCUUCCACAAUCAACAGAUUCUUUGUGUUUUCAUUUCAUUUCUGUUUUACAGAAGAUGUUACGGUUUUAAGAAGAGCAGGACCUCUUCAAACCAAAGGACUAAGCUGGAUUGCUAUCUUUUUUGAAGUAUAAUAAGCAUUCUCAGCAACAUAAUAGUUCUGGGCAUCUUCAUUAAGUACAAGGAACUGCGGACACCCACGAAUGCAGUGAUUAUUAACCUGGCUUUCACUGAUAUAGGGGUCAGUAGCAUUGGCUAUCCCAUGUCUGCUGCUUCAGAUCUGCAUGGAAGUUGGAAAUUCGGAUAUACAGGCUGUCAGGUUUAUGCUGGAUUGAAUAUCUUUUUUGGAAUGGUGAGCAUUGGCUUGCUCACAGUUGUAGCUGUGGACCGGUACCUGACCGUCUGCUGUCCUGAUGUAGGAGGAAGCAUGACCUCCAACACUUACCUCAGCAUGAUCCUGGGCGCCUGGAUCAACGGCCUCUUCUGGGCUUUGAUGCCCAUCGUGGGGUGGGCUAGUUAUGCCCCAGAUCCUACUGGGGCCACGUGUACCAUAAACUGGCGGAAAAACGAUGCAUCUUUUGUGUCUUACACCAUGAUGGUUAUUGUGGUGAAUUUCAUUGUGCCCUUGAUGGUGAUGUUUUACUGUUAUUACCAUGUCACUCAGUCCAUGAGACUUUACGCUGCCCGGAACUGCACUGCAUACCUCAACAGAGACUGGGCCGACCAGGCAGAUGUCACAAAGAUGUCUGUGAUAAUGAUACUGAUGUUUCUGCUGGCAUGGUCCCCUUACUCCAUCGUGUGCUUGUGGGCUUGUUUUGGAGACCCCAAAAAGAUUCCUCCUGCAAUGGCCAUCAUAGCUCCGCUGUUUGCAAAAUCCUCUACAUUCUACAACCCCUGUAUUUAUGUUGCUGCGAAUAAGAAGUUUCGGAAGGCCAUGUUUGCCAUGUUUAAAUGCCAGCCUCACCAAGCAAUGCCUGAGACAAGUUCUGUACCAAUGGAUAUGCCUCGAAGCCCAUUGACUCCUGGAAGAAUCUGAGAUUUGAGAAAAGAAUAUACCACCAAACAUUUUAUUUGUUUUUUUUUUUUUUUUUUUUGGCAAUCCAUUAAUUUUGUUUUAAAUAUGAACCCAUUUAGAUGGAGUGCAGACAGAGACGCUGCCGUUGGACUGCAGGUUCCUCCCAGGCAGGCAACCCAGCUCUGUCUGUGCAGUAGGUGCUGAAGAGUCACUGUGUCCUCGAGGAUAAAUGAGUCUUCAGACCCCCUUUGGUGAACCCAGGCACACAAAACGACAGUCUCUUUUCCUUCUCUUUAGAAGGCACACGUUACAGUGUAUCGAGGACCUGUAAAUGCACUGAGUUUUCUAUUAGACAAGAAACAGCCUCUAGAAUAUUAGAAUAUUUUAGUCUUAGGAAAAGUUAAUAAUAAGUUAAUCAAGAUUAUAAUUAAUUGCUGAAAUGAGUUGUUUGAUAUUUCCAGCUAUAAAGAUAUUUUUAGGAUCUCAAAAUUUGAAUUUAGAAUCAAUUAUUAAUUCAUAUUAUUUAAACAAAAAUAUUCAGGCGUUAAACACAACUGCUUUCUAUCAUGCCAGUCCAUUGCACAUAUACAUUUUAUCACAGUAUAACAUCUGUGUAUUUUGUUGUUAUUUUUUAUUUUUUUUUUUUAUUUUUUUUUUUUAAUAGAAGAUUUAUUUACUACUUAUAUACACAGUGUGUAGUCUGCAUGUUUGCCUGCAGGCCAGAAGAGGGCGCCAGACCUUAUUACAGAUGGUUGUGAGCCACCAUGUGGGUGCUGGGAAUUGAACUCAAGACCUCUGGAAGAGCAGUCAAUGCUCUUAACCACUGAGCCAUCUCUCCAGCCCUUUAUUUUUUAUUUUUUGAUUUUACAAGACAAGGUUUCUCAGUGUAAUAGCCCUGGCAGUCCUGGAACUCACUUUGUAGACCAAGCUGGCCUCGAACUUACAGAGAUCCGCCUGCCUCUGGCUUCUGAGUGCUGGAAUCAAAGGCGUGUGCCACCACCCGGCUCAGUUUGUCAUUUUUAAUGCCUGUGACUAUUAAACAUAGCACAAUAUACAAUUACUGAAAAAGUAGACAACAAAACUGUUUCAAUUUUUUGCUUAGCUUUCUUUUGAGACAAGGUCUCCUAUGUAGCCCAGCCUGGCCUCAAACUUGCAGUGAUCGGCAUCUCAGUGUCUGGGAUUACAAAUGUGUACGACCAUGCCUGCCUCAGUUGUUUUUGCUUUAAUAGAUCCAACAUUGGGGACAUGUUAAUACAAAUAUCUUUGUAGGGGUGGGUAUCAAUUUAUUCUAUCUGAGUCUUAUCCAGGCUAAGGUUAUUGGAUAGAAAUGUAAAAGAAUUUAUUGUUACUAGCUAUCUCUAGAUGGUAGGUCUGCAUCGUAUUGGCCAUGUAUACUCUUUCGCUUCAUAUUCCUUAAAAUAAUGCUCUAUAAUAUUUCAGUUAUGAGUUAUAUACUGUAGUAGGAAUUCAUCUUAUUUCACAUCUCUUUAAGUGCUUCUUAGACUAUAUAUAUUUAUGUAUUGCCCCCCCGCCCCGUAAACUGCCUCCUUAACCCCUUUGUCAGCAUAUUAAAAUCCUGCCCACUGGUUUAUGAGACCAUUCUCUGUGUAGACGAUGGUAAAUUGCUAGAACUUUCUAGUUUGGUUUUCCAUCUUCUGCCUUUGCCCACGGCAAUCAUGCAUUAACUCCAUAGCCAGCUUUUAAAAAACUCAUUCCAGUCCUUCAAAUCUUUCAAACCGAACUUUCAGCAGCCUGCUGUAUUAGUGACUUUUCUUGUCGCUGUGGUAAGGGAGGCAGGGUUGGAGGGAACUGAGUUCAGCGUGCGGAGCAGCUGAGGUAGCUGGUCACACGGUAACGACAGACAGAAAGCAGAGUGACAUCAAAUCUGGUGUUCACGUGCUGUCUCCUUUUUAGUCCAGGACCCCAGCUCGUGGGGUUGUGGUGCCCACAGUUAGAGGGACUCUUUCCACCCCAGUUCUCCCAGUCUAGAAAGUCCCUCAGACAUGCCCAGAGAUUUGUCUCCUCGAUGCUUCCACAUCCUGUCAAGUUUAUCACCACAACUGUGAAGAAAGGCUGGCUCCCUUAGCUUCAAGGCCAAGGCCUUCCUCAGCCUGGCCCAGAGAGACUUCCCUCCUCAGCACAGACCCAGAGAGACUUCCCUCCUCAGCACAGCCCCAGAGAGACUUCCUUCCUCAGCACAGACCCAGAGAGACGUCCCUCCUCAGCCUGGCCCCAGAGAGACUUCCUUCCUCAGCACAGACCCAGAGAGACUUCCUUCCUCAGCCUGGCCCCAGAGAGACUUCCUUCCUCAGCACAGCCCCAGAGAGACUUCCCUCCUCAACACAGCCCCAGAGAGACUUCCUUCCUCAGCACAGCCCCAGAGAGACUUCCUUCCUCAGCACAGCCCCAGAGAGACUUCCUUCCUCAGCACAGACCCAGAGAGACGUCCCUCCUCAGCCUGGCCCCAGAGAGACUUCCUUCCUCAGCACAGACCCAGAGAGACUUCCUUCCUCAGCCUGGCUCCAGAGAGACUUCCUUCCUCAGCACAGACCCAGAGAGACUUCCUUCCUCAGCCUGGCUCCAGAGAGACUUCCUUCCUCAGCACAGACCCAGAGAGACUUCCCUCCUCAGCCUGGCCCCAGAGAGACUUUUCAGCUUUUUAUAAUUCUCCUGUGGCAACAUUAAAAUGUUCUGUGUUCCCAGAGGGCCCUGAGUGCAUUGUGCCAGGAGCUGGUGGCUCAUUCAGCCCCCUCAGUUGAGCUGCUUACAGAGACAUGUGAGGGUCAUGGGAGCAGUGAGGUGGCAGAGACAGUUUUGACACGGUAACUAGAGACCUGAUGGUGGGUUCUAGUUUGCAAAGCUGUGAGUUCACUUCUAACAACAAGUAAAGGAUAACUUCACUUUACUGUAAGGACUUGAGUGGUGCUCUACUGUUUUAACCCUGUAUCAAUCAGCUAACUUAGACAACAAGACUGACUACAAGCGUGGAAUCUGGCUCCCUAUAGUCACUGGGCUCACUGGCUUGACGCCCUGCCUCUACACAGCUUUUCCAUACUCAACUGGCCUGCUUCUCUAGGUCAGAACGUCCGUAAACCUGACAAUGCAAAGACCAGUUUGGUCACGUAGUAAGCAGAGUUCUGCCACCAACCUAUGUCCUUCCUCUUGUGCCCAGUAACUCAGAGUUACCACCCAUCAAAACCCAGACCUACCACCCACCACUGUGUCGUGAGCACUAGGAAACCUUGGGAUUGUUCUUUAAUCCGGUCUUCUUCAUCCCCACACUCGAUCAAGUGAUUCUCCCACCUCUGUGUUUCUCCAAACUCUAUUAUCCACACUCUUACCAGCACACCAAGGUUACAGCCUCAUGGCUGUUCACUCGGACCAUAGCCAGGGAUGCCUCCUUAAAGUCUCCAACUCCCCUCUUGCCUGCUCUAAACUAGUGGCUCUCAAUCUGUGGGUUGUGACCCCUUGGGGACAGGGGUGUCGAAAAAUCCUUUCACAGGGGUCCCACAUCAGAUAUCCUGAAUACCAGAUAUUUACAUUGCAAUUCAUAAUAAUAGCAAAAUGACAGGAAGUAGCAAGGAAGACACUUUUAUGGUUUGGGGUCACCAUGGCAUGAGGAACUGUAUUAAAGGGUCACAGUGUUAGGAAGGGUGAGAACCGCUGCUCUGAACCCUUCCAGACUGCUACCAAGAAAUCCCCUGUAAUCUGUUGACCUGAUAAGCCACUCACGGCUUAACCUUUAUGCUUUUGCUGCAUGGAAGCUGAGUGUGGCUCUUGAACAGGGCAUCUAAGGCCCCUUCUCUGUAGCCUCAGCUGCUUAGCCCUGAGCAACAGAAAACGCUUGUGUUUCUCUGAGGUUUUCUUGAAGCUUUAUACACACACAGCACACUCUUUCCUGCUUCCCUCUGCUUGUGUGGGAGCUCAGGGGCCACCCAACAGGAAAGCUUGGCCUGAUUACACAGGCUGAACAUGUUCUCUUGCUUCCUCGUUGACCUGUGUCUCUAUCCCUUGAGUUCCUUCUGUAGUGCUUAGUGACCAUGUGGUGCUUAUCUUGGUACCUUUAGUACUUGGUUUGGAGGUUGGCAAGUACUCAGUAAAUAUUUGGUGAACAAGUGAAUUGUGUAGUCUCAACAGCUGCAAUAUGAUUUUUUUUUAAGACUGAGCAAUUUUUUCCAGACUCUAUUGCUUAUAUAUGAUUUCUAUUAGUGUUUGAUAACAUUUCAUGUAAUAUUCUUAUUUUUACAGAAUUAAAUCUCUCUCUUUUUUUCUUACGAA